AAACAAUAUGGCUGCGUCCAUGGAUGUAAACCUUCAAAUGGAUCAGUACCAUGCCCAUCACCCUCAUGUCUCUGGUGGUUCACUGUCUUCCCAUCCUAGUUCGGGGCAUCUGCAACACGAGGGUGCUAAUACCCGCCUCCCGAAUCAGUUUGGCAUCCAGUCACAAGGCCAUCAUUUUGGUCAUGUCCAUGACUCGUAUGUCAAUUCGACCCCGUCUGUCCAGCAGAUUUUGAUGCAACAGCAAAUCCAACAUCAGCGGUCAGCUCAUUUCGCUCCUCAAGUAUAUGACAGCAAUGAGCGGUUAACAAAACCACACCCCAAUCACAAUACAAGUCCUCUGAAUCAGGUAAAUCAAAUGCGCAUUCAAAUACCUGCUCACCAACAAAUUCCCCAUCCUUUGCAACCCAAUAAUCCCACUGUCACUUCAAAUCCACGAUAUUCUCCUAUAGAUCAUCAUGGAUCGCAUCAUUCCCCACCAAUCUCGAAAGAUAGUUACAACACUUCUGCCUAUCACUUGCAAGACCAGUCACAUGUCCUUACUCAUACAUCUCAUUUACAGCAACCUGUAUAUCCUUAUCAUGGAGAUUCAUCCCAAAUGCAAAAUCCACAGACGACCGCCCACACAACAACUGAAUUAUCCAAUUCUCAGUAUACGGGACAUCACUUAUCCAUGCAAUUAAAUAACAGUGCUUCCGGAGAUAACGAUAUUCACCACUCUGGUAACCAACAUCCUCAUGUUUCUACUGGUUUCCAAGCCCCUCCAGCUCCCUAUGUACCUCCAGCUAAAAAGCGGCGGGGAAGACCCCCAACUCAUCCAACUUUUGAUGUCGGUGCUGGAACCUUACUUGACGAAGACGAGCAUACCCUCUAUGGAGCUAUACGGUCGGGAAGAGUAGCUCCACAAACAGUUGUUGAUGAUUGGAUUGAACAAUAUAAAACAAAUCGUGAACCAGCUAUGUUGGAAUUGAUCCAAUUCUUUAUUUCAUGCAGUGGUUGCAAAGGAAAAGUAACACCGGAAAUGUAUAGCCGCCUGUCACAUGCUGAUAUUAUUCGUCGAAUGACUGAAGAGUUUGAUGAAGACUCGGGUGAAUACCCACUUAUACAAUCAAGCCCAGUUUGGAAACGCUUUCGUUCAAAUUUUGUUGAAUUCAUCCAAGUAUUAAUUCGUCAAUGUCAAUAUAGUAUAAUUUACGAUCAAUGCAUGAUUGAUCAAGUCAUCUCUCUAUUGACAGGCCUUACUGACUCACAGGUUCGGGCGUUUAGACAUACCAGUACAUUGGCUGCUAUGAAAAUGAUGACUGCUCUUGUUGAUGUUGCGCUCAAUGUUAGUAUCAAUAGAGAUAACACACAACGUCAGUAUGAAGCUGAAAGAUCAAAAGUUCAGAAUCGACGUGCUUCUGACAGACUUGAAGUGCUAAUGCAACGUCGACAAGAAUUAGAAGAGAAUAUGGAGGAAGUCAAAAAUAUGCUUGUAUACAUUUUCAAAGGUGUUUUCGUUCAUCGAUACAGGGAUAGCCAGGCAGAAAUACGAACAAUAUGCAUGCAAGAAAUCGGUGUCUGGAUGCGUCGUUAUCCAGCUAUGUUUUUAGACGACAGUUACUUAAAGUAUGUUGGUUGGACACUUUAUGAUAGAAUUGGAGAUGUUCGUCUUCAGUGUCUUCGCGCCUUACAGCCCUUGUAUGAAGAUCCUGCUCUCAUCAAUAGUCUGGAGCUUUUCACUUCUCGUUUUAAAUCACGUCUUGUGGAUAUGACACUUGAUAAAGAGACUGAAGUGGCAGUUCAAGCUGUAAAACUAGUCUCCUGUAUAUUGAAGCAUAGUGACUCAGUACUUGAAGACAAGGAUUGUGAAAAUAUAUAUGAGUUGGUUUAUUGCACUCACAGGCCUUUGGCACAAGCAGCUGGUGAAUUUUUAACUUUAAAACUUUUUGAAGUUGAUUCCCAUGCUCCUCCCACUAGAACCAGAAAAGGUAAAAAACGUAGUGAAAAUACACCACUCAUUCGUGACCUCGUGCAAUUUUUCAUCGAGAGUGAAUUACAUGAACAUGCUACUUAUUUGGUCGAUAGUUUAUGGGAUUUAUGCCCAAUGCUUCGUGAUUGGGAAGCUAUGCUAGAUUUGCUUCUUGAAGAACCAGGUAGAGGUGAGGAACCUAUGGAUGCAAAUCAAGAAACAAGUUUGAUCGAAAUUAUGGUUUGUUGUGUUCGUCAAGCAGCAACGGGGGAAUCACCAGUAGGACGACAGACUGGCGGCCAUCAUUCACAUUCCAAUACCAACUUACUGACUGGCAUGAGUUUACUGGAGACUGGUGGACGCGGUCGAGGUGGUGCAACUACCGGUACAGGGAACAGCGCUGCACCCUCUUCACGUGAAGCUCGUGCCCUGGCCGAAGAACGUAGUCGUAUGACAGAAGCAAUGAUAACUGCUAUACCAGCACUCCUUGCUAAGUAUGGUGAAUCUCCUGAACGAGCUACAAACCUUCUUGCUAUUCCACGACACAUGGAAAUGGAACUCUACACUACGGGCCGACAUGAAAGACAUUUGGAUCUUCUUCUACAAGCUGUUCAGGAUAUUGUAGAACGUCAUACUGAUCCACACACAUUAUUGGCUUGUUCGCGCGUUUACGAAUCGUUGUGUAUUGAUGAAUUAAGCAUUUCUGCAAAGUGUCAAACUGUCCGUGGCACGCUGUUGGAUCGUUUGGUGGAUCUUUAUCGGGAUGCAUUCUUAAACUACUUUAACGAUCAGGGAGAGGAACCCGAUCAGGAUGAUGAGUUUCACUUACUAGCUGCAUUGAAACGAAUCUAUGCGUUUUACGCUUGUCACGAUCUUUCUGGAUUGGAUUUAUGGGAUAGUCUUAUCAGGAUCGCACAAUCCGGAAAUGAUGCCAACGGUGAAAUUGUGGCUCAGGCUGUUAGCUGUUGCUCUAAAGCUCUACUGUGGAAUCUUGCUAGAAUAGGAGAGGCUGAUGUCGACAAAACGGAUUUGAACAAACUAAGAAGACAGUUAAAUCUGUAUAUGGACGUUUGUAUUGGCUACCUAGAUCAUUCAUGCAAACGGUUAGCAUCAGAAUCGUUUUUGUCCAUUUGUGAUUUGCUAGUUGUUUUUUCACGUCAUCUUUCCGUUCACUUGCCAAAUCUGAAAUCUAUCAUUUAUACAGCCGACAGGGAUCUAGAACUCAAGUUGACCAAUUUUCUGGAGCAACGGGUUUUCGUUGAUGAUGACGACGAAGAGGAUGAUGAAAAUGUCAAAUUUGAAUCGCUUCACGAAAGGCGUACACAACUAGCUGCAUUUUUUAAACUAGUAAUAUAUAAUUUGAUUCCUAUACGAGCAGCUGCUCCGAUCUACAAAUACUAUAUUCGGUCUUUCAAUGAUUUUGGUGAUAUUAUGAAAUCUACACUGGCCAAAGCUCGUGAAAUCAAUCGCGUGCACACCGCUCGUAUGAUUGCGCAUUGUUUAGAAUUAUGUUAUCUACAAGUAGAAUCAGCUUCUAAUAAUUGUGUUGAACGUGGUUCUGAAGGUCUUCAAGCUGUAAAGGAACUUGCUAGGCGUCUGAAUCUCAGUUUCGGUCUCGACCUAAUUAAAAUACGCGAAUCUAUGGUUGCCUUUCACUCCGAAGGGAUACAGUUUUGUGUUUCCCGAGCUGCUUCCACAGCUGCUGCAACAGGUCAAACCCCUGGUGUCCCAAGCAAUUUACUUUUCCUUGAAGUUGUCGCUGAAUUCUCAAACAAGCUUCUCAGACAAGAUAAGAAAAGCAUAUAUGAAUAUCUCCGUCGAAUUUUCCCAAAUCCUGUUGGCAGUGAAUGGGCUAGUCUGCAUGCCUAUCGAUCAAGUCUGGAUCCUGACAACACUGAUAAUGCUCCAGGACAUGAUGGAGUUAGUCAUGCUACAAAUCCUCAAGCUGUCAGCAGUUCCAAUCCUGCUCCAGUACAAGGUAACACGGUGGUACCAACAAGUGGACGUGUAGGAUAUGGGGGUAGGGGGCGCGGCAAACGACUCCGAGAUUCUGACUCCUCUCUUCGUAAGCAAUAAAUUAUUUUAUCCUUAUGUAGUCAAAGUUUUGCCAUCUUCCUAUAGUUUUAUUAUAUGUUGAGAAAAGUUUAGUUUUAUCAGUUAAGAAAACCUACAAAUCUAGAUGCUGAGAAUUCGUAUUACAGUUAACCACUAAAUCACUUGCUAAAAGCUUUACUAGUACUGCUUAGGGAAACUUUGUUACGUAGUAACAGGUUUCCAGCACGUAAACUCAUGUGUGUGCUCGCCAUGUAACUUAAUUAACACGAAACUUGAAAAAUGUGUUUUUCCGAUCGUUCUUUGUGACUAUAUUAUGUAGAUUUGACAGUUCAAUCAAUACUGAUCAAAUGAUUGUGAAUCAGUUAACGGGAUUGAACAAUGAUGCAUUUAGAUGAUUUAGUUAUAAAUGUUUAAGAAUAUAUAUCUUAAAUAAAUUAAAACAAGUGAACAUAUGACGUAAUUAGUUAGAGAGUCAGAAAUUUAUGUUAAGUAAUCAAAUCAAUCUACGGAUUACAUAGAUUGUAAUUGUAAAGAAUGAGAUAAGUUGUCUAGUCUUUGAAAAUACUUAAUAAGAUGAAUAGAAUAGCUGAUAAAUGUUUUGAUGAACACUAAUCAUGUAAGUAUAGAUCUAAAUAAUGGAAAACAUAGUUGAACUAUAUCCAGUAUAAUUUCAGGGGUCAUUUGAUAGAAUAAAUAGACAUUUUAUGAACGCGUAACCCCUAGUUUUCUCAUUUGUUUUUUUGUUGUGCACAAAAAGAUGGAAUCAUUGAAGCUUUGUACUCUUCUGUCAAUAUCUCUUUAACUAGUAUACUUCACUCGACUCAGUUGAUCAUUAGAAUAAUUAAGAUUCAACAUGUAGAUGAAGACGACUUCCGAAAUAAAUAUGCAGAGCCGUUGGUUUAGUCACUAAAAUACAGUAUUCAAAUAUCAAGUUCCACAUUACAAUGUUACUUCACUUGGUUCAUUUUUAAUCUCCACUUUUUAUUACUAUCCGUUGCACAAAAUAAUAGUAAGUCGAAACCAAUUAUACAAACUUAUGUUUGAUAUCAAGAUUUAUCAACUAAAAACAAGUGUACAGAAAUCAAACCACGCACUUAUAGCGAAGUUACAUAGUGAUCUUGAAGGAUUUAUGGAUAAUUUAGCAGCUGUGAUUGGAUGGAUGAAAGGAAUAUGCAGAUCGUUUGCUCACUUAACGAAUCUGAUCAUCUUCCAGUCCUCAUAGCGUUGGGGUUGGUAAGUUAGAUGGAAUUCUUCGCAUCGAUAUAUUGCCCCGUGUUUAUUAAAUGUUUUUUUUAUCGUUCUGUCUGUCUUUCGAUGAACCCAAAUACCAUACAGUGCCUGAAUGGGCAUCCAGUAAAACUAAUUCUGCCAAAGCUGAUAAAGUGAGGCGACAAAUUCCGACUACAUUGGUUAGGAAACAAGAAUCAUAACUCUAUUGUAUUAAGCUUUUUCUAGACGUAAUGGCACCAGUUUUUUUUUGUCUCAAAAAUUUGAACGAUGUGUUGUUGUUAAAUAGCCUACAUAGCUCUGUUUAUGGAACAAGAACGUGUAACCGGACUUUUCCUGCUUCAGUUAAUAAUCAAAUGUCGGAUUAUACUUUUGGAUAUCGUUUCCAAAUUUUACCUGUGUAUCGCACUUUUACUUUCACUGUUUGUCAAUUGUCCUUGUAUACCAUGUUUAUCUUUUCUAAUCGUUAUUUUAUAAUAUAUAGCCGACGCAAAUUUAAAUCCACAGUCCACAAGUACAGCUAUCAAAAAGAAGCGCACCAAUAUCGCGAGUAGUAGCAAAAAUGCAUCUGGAAAUGUUUCUAGUAUGACUGCAGUUGACCCUUCCCGACCUACAUCACCUUCAGAAAUACCCCCCAACAGUGCAGGAUGUGCACCCCACCAUAAUCCUUCGACAUCGAUGACAACUUUAUCUACUCCCGUUCAUCCGUCUAACCAAUAAAUCCAUCCCUAUAAAUUAUUCAGAAGAAAUGAAUUUUAUGGCCGACGCGUCUGUGUGUUUCACCGCUUCGAAAUUAUGCAAUUAUCUAGAAGUGUUUCGUUCAGCGAACAUCUUCAGAUGUUUAUAUCUGUAAAUAUAGACAACUGAUGCUUUAUAUAAUUAUCUUCACACAGAUUAAUCCCAACUGGCUGUAUUAUUCAAAUCCCUUUCCAGAAAAUGUACAUUCUUUUUAGGUUAUCGACAUGAUUAUCACAAUUGUUCACGAACUUAGUUUUUUUCUAUUUGUCUCUCCCUUCUAUACUAAAGCAAGUUGUUUUUGUAUCAUGCGUUUUUUUUAAAGCCUUCAUUUUUACUUGAUAUCUAAUUCUCCCCGAAGUUAUUGUAUUUUCAAAUUUUGUUUGUAUACAGUGAUCAGCCAUUAUCAGGCUGGAAGAAUGCUGUGUAGCUCAUUUAAACAAUGUUGUUCAAAAUUGUGCAGAGCAGAACUAUUUUUACACAGAGAACUUGCUAAUAUUAUUAUGUAAAUUGCCUUUUUGUAAAACUAAUCACCUUUAUUAAAUAGUACCGCACUAUUUAGUUUUUUUUUCAACUAUUUGUCCUCUUUCUUUUUUCGUAUUAAUUUUUUUUUUCAUGCUAACAACUUUUCAAUUAAAUUUUCCCAACAAUAUUUACUCAAGUUCAAUAAAAACAUAAAACACUUGUUUGUACACCAUUAUGAUGCGUUUGACAUUUGAUUUCAAUAAUUGUGUUACCUGAUUAUUUGUUUUCAUUCAGAUUUCCUAUAAAAUCCACUUGUACAAUAUUCAUUUUGUUCAUAUUAUUAUUAUUCUUUAUUGAGAUUUAGGUAGCUUCAAAAUUUUUUUUCCAGUUUUGUUAAACUAUACGUCUAUCUGGUAACAAAAACUCUGUACAGAACUUCUUAUCUACAAGACGUUCAUUAUUAAUUUAUUUGAUUGUUUUCUAUCAUUAUUAAGUGCCUCCUAAUUUAUUGUCUUACUGUUCC